AUGGAAGCUGGGCUUGCUAUUGAGCUUGAUGAGAAGGAGAGGCAAAUGGAGUUAGUAAAAGAUGGAUCAGUAGACCUCAAGGGAAACCCACUUUCCUAUGCUCCAACUGGACGUUGGAAUGCUACCUUCUUCAUUAUGGGUGUUGAAAUGGGUGGGACAUUAACAAACUUCACAAUAGCAGCAAGCCUAUUUACAUAUCUAACAGAUGUUAUGCAUCAGGGUGUUGCAACAUCUGCAGAGACUGUAAACACAUGGGCUGGAGUGGCGAGCAUUUUUCCUCUAGUAGGAGGUUUCCUGAGUGAUGCCUAUGUUGGACGCUAUUAUAUGAUCAUAACUUCCUCACUUGUAUAUUUCUCAGGAUUAGCACUCCUCAUAGCCUCCGUAUCCAUCUAUUCUCUCAGGCCUAACAUGCAAAACCAUGCCACGGGAACUCAGAUUGCAUUUUUAUUCACAGCACUAUAUAUGAUAUCUUGUGGGUCUGGUGGAAUGAAGCCGUCAUUGCAAUCAUUUGCAGCAGAUCAGUUUGAUUACCAACAUCCAGAUGAAAGCAAACAGAAGAUCUCCUUCUUUAACUGGUAUUACUUCUUCAUGGGGUUGGCCAUUCUCAUGUCAAAUACAGUGAUAGUGUAUGUUCAAGGGAAUGUCAGUUGGGGGGCAGGAUUUGGCAUCGUGGCGGCUGUGAGUUUGAUAUCUAUACUCAUCUUCUUAUGUGGGACGCCCAAGUACAGACACAGAGCUCCUGCUGGGAGUCCAAUCACUCGGAUUGCUCAGGUGUUGGUUGCUGCUUUUAGAAAUCGUAAUUUGCAGGUAAGGGUAGAAUCUAACGAAUUCAGUCAUAAUGACUUCAAGUGCCUGGAUAAGGCAGCCAUAGGACAAGAAGAGCAUGGCAGCAAAGAUCCCUGGAAAGCCUGCACAGAGAGACAAGUAGAAGAAGUAAAACAAGUAGCAAGAAUGGUACCAGUAUGGUUCACAAUCAUCAUUUACUCUAUCACUCUGGCACAGGGCGGCACAUUCUUCGUGAAACAGAGUAGCACAAUGGACAGGAGCCUCGGGCCCCACUUCAACAUACCCCCUGCCUCCACCCUAGCCAUAAUAAUCAUUUCCACUCUGAUUGCAGUGAGCGCAUAUGACCGUCUACUGGUUCCAAUUGCAGCAACGAUAAGCGGCAUGGAACGAGGCAUAAGCAUUCUUCAGAGAAUCGGGGUAGGAUUGGUGUUUGGAAUUGUGGGAAUGAUAAUAGCAGCCAUGGUGGAAGCCAAGCGACUGAAAAUUGCGCAAGCGCAUGAUCUCAUGGACAAGCCGCAAGCCGUGGUUUCCAUGAGCGUCUUUUGGCUUACCCUACCCAAUGUAGUUUUGGGUAUAGCAGAUGCUUUUGCUUUGGUGGGUUUGCAGGAGUUUUUCUAUUCACAAGUGCCAGACAGCAUGAGGAGCUUGGGUGUCGCCUCGAAUCUGAUAGCUGGUGGUAUCGGGAGCUUCGUCAGCGACUCAGCAGUCUCGUUAUUCACAUUGUUAAUAGUGUUACCGGGAAGAUGGGUCACAGGGCUGCUGGAUAAUCUCAAUACAAGUCGACUGGAUAAUUUUUAUUGGUUGCUGGUUGCUUUGAAUGCUCUCAAUCUUCUAGCUUUCAUAUUCAUUGCACGGAGAUACAGGUAUAAAAGCCUCACAUAAUGUGAGAUAUGGAUAUAGGGAAUGCUAUGAAUGUUAA